GAAAUUGAGCUCAGGUGCAUCCUGUUGCCAUUGAUCAUCCUUGAUUGGAGUCCACCUGGGGUAAAUUCAAUUCAUUGGACAUGAUUUGGAAAGGCCCACACCUGUCUAUAUAAGGUCCCACAGUUGACAGUGCAUGUCAGAGCAAAAACCAAGCCAUGAGGUUGAAUUAAUUGUCUGUGGAGCCCCGAGACAGGAUUGUGUCAAGGCACAGAUUUGGGGAAGGGUACCAAAACAUUUCUGCAGCAUUAAAGUCCCUAAGAACACAGUGGCCUCCAUCAUUCUUAAAUGGAAGAAGUUUGGUGCCACCAAGACUCUAGAGCUGGCUGCCUGGCCAAACUGAGCAAUUGGGGGAGAAGGGCCUUGGUCAGGGAGGUGACCGAGAUCCCAAGAACCAGAGUUCCUCUGUGGAGAUGGGAGAACCUUCCAGAAGGACAACCAUCUCUGCAGCACUCCACCAAUCAGGCCUUUAUGGUAGAGUGGCCACUCCUCAGUAAAAGGCAUACGACAGCCCGCUUGCAUGAUGCCAAAAGGCACCUAAAGCAAUUUUCUCUGGUCUGACGAAAUCAAGAUUGAACUCUUUGGCCUGAAUGCCAAGCGUCACAUCUGGAGGAAACCUGGCACCAUCCCUACGGUGAAGCAUGGUGGUGGCAGCGUCAUGCUGUGGGGAUAUUCUUCAGCGGCAGGGACUGGGAGACUAUUCAGGAUCGAGGGAAAGAUGAACGGAGCAAAGUACUGCGAGAUCCUUGAUGAAAACCUGCUCCAGAGCACUCAGGUUCACCUUCCAAUAAGACAUGACCCGAAGCACACAGCCAAGGCAACGCAGGAGUGGCUUCGGGACAAGUCUCUGAAUGUCCUUGAGUGGCCCAGCCAGAGCCCGGACUAGAACAUCUCUGGAGUGACCUGAAAAUAGCUGUGCAGCGAAGCUCCCCAUCCAACCUGACAGAGCUUGAGAGGAUCUGCAGAGAAGAAUGGGAGAAACUCUCCAAAUAAAGGUGUACCAAGCGUCAUACAUAAGAAAACUUGAGGCUGUAAUCGCUGCCAAAUAUGCAAAAACAAAUGACUGAGAGAAGGGUCUGAAUACUUAUCUUGUUUCUUUUUUUUGCUUUGUCUUUAUGGGGUGUUGUGUGUAGAUUGAUUAAGAUAAAAACAUAUAUUUUAUCAAUUUUAGAAUAAGGUUGUAAGGUAACAACAUUUUGAAAAAGUCAGGUCUGAAUGCUUUCCCGAAUGUACUGUAUUUUUUUAUUCGGAUUUUUCAGGGGGUGCUGCAGCCCUACUUGUUGCUAUGUUUGUCCCCCCUGCGUGAUGUGGGCGCAAUGGGAGACUGGCUGUUAGUUGAUUGAUGUUGAUGCUGCUGGACAGUGCUUCAGAGGGGGAGAGUGUGGAUGUUCGUGCGUUGAGGGCCAGGUUCCAUGCCAAGGCUGACAUGGCAGGUAGUCAAGAUAGUACUUCUCCAAAAUCUCCACUGCCAGGAUUUGGUAGAGGAGGCCUGUUGUUGGCAGAUGCUGGUGUUACAGCAAAUGGAGGGGUCCGACAUAAACUGAUGCCUACGGUUCCCACACCACCACUUUCUGGAUCAAGCUCCACACCCGACCUUCAGAGACUACCACCACGACCUGUAAGGGCUGCACUGGAGGGCAUAUCCACCAUCCCCAAGCCUCAUGGUGUCUUCCCCCGCCCUCCACCAUCACACCGCCCCCAUGGAGCCACCAAGGAGCCGCCCCGACCUCUACCCCCACCCUCAGACACUGACAGGCUAGGGAAGGUGAGGGUCACAGGAGAACGCCUGCAGAAUAUGAUGCUAACGCACAAGGGAGUACCCGCCGCCCCUUCCAAGCCAGCGCCCCCCUCCCUACCCAGCCAGAGGAGUCUGACGGAGGUAACCCCCCUGAGAAGGACCCUGCCCUCUGAGGGCUCCAGACCCAUAAAGCCCAGACGACCCCCCCACAUCAACCUGCAGGCCCAUCAGAGAAACAACAGGGUACCACACCUUGCAGGGCGCCCAGGGUUAAGGAAGACUGAAGGUGGCAGCAGUAAGUCUCUUCCAGGGAUAGUCAGUCUGUCUGGCCCCUCAAGACUCCCAACCAAGCCCAGCAGCCUACCACGGCAGUGUACCCCUGUGCAUUCUGAGGAUGACCAGGGGGAAUAUGAUGACAUAGGCCUAGGCCUAGGCCUAGAUGUAAAACCACCUCCCCCACCCCCACCCCCAAACCCAAAACACCCAGGGAGCUGGGACAAAAGUGACUCCUGGAAUGAAAAUAGUUCUUCACAAAUAGAUAAGGGGAGCGAUGAAAGUGAGGUCUAUGAUAUGAUUGAUAAAGGCAACCAAGAGGAGGUGAAAACCACAAGUUCUGAUAAGAAUAAACAGAAAGAGUUGAGCCGGCAGAAAGAGCAGGAGAGGAGAGAGCAAAAGGAAAUACUGGAAAGGGAAAACAAAUACAGAAAGAAAUUCAAGCUGGGGACUGGGGACAUAGAGGUCCUUCACAUGGCCAGGGUUCGACAUGACUGGCAGGGGGGCAAGCAGGAUCUAACUGUUCGGCAGGGAGACAGUGUGGAGAUCUUACGGGUUAAGAACAAUCCUGGGGGCAUGUGGCUAGCCCGCACACAGACUGGCACCUAUGGCUACAUCAUUAACACAUGUGUGGAUGUGGACUAUGAGGAAGUGAAACGUAAACUCAAACUGUCCAGAGCCCCUGACCCCUCACUGCCACCACCACCACCUCCACCUCCCGUCUCUUUUGAGGACAAUGACAUUUAUUAUGAUGUCGACUCCUCAGAUAACAUGAACAGCAUGACUCAAGAGGAGGAUGACUACGAUGAUGUGCAAGGAAUAAACAAUGACUUCCCCCUUCCACCUCCUGAAAUAAGUCUACAUCCAAAAAUGAGCAAGAAACUGGAGAAAGAUGAACAAGAGUUCAGAAAAAAAUUUAAGUUUGAGGGACCAAUUAAGGUGUUACACUGCAUGAUGGUUGACGCAAGCAUCAAGAAAUCAGGAGGGAAGGAUCUAGCUGUGGUUCAAGGGGAGAUCCUGGAGAUAAUUCAACUCACCAGUGACAAGAAAGCCCUGUGUCGCAACGAGCAGGGGAAAUAUGGAUAUGUGCCCAGGGUUGUUCUUCUUCAGGCGGAAGGGGAGGAUGUUUACGACGAUGUUGAUCAUAUUAACGAGAAUUUGGCAGUAUGUACAACCGGCCACACAACCGCAGACCACGUGUAACCACGCAAGCCCAGGACCUUCACAUCCGAUUUCUUCACUUGCAGGAUCAUUUGAGACCAGCCACCUGGACAGCUGAUCUGAUGCCCUUAUGAAAAAAUAUUGCAGUCAGAGUGCAGUAUAACUGCAGUACACUGCAGUAUAACUGUAGUUAGAGUGCAAUAUGACUGCAGUAUGCAGGAGGAAAAUACUGUGUCCAAAAUAACACUGUUUUUUUAACUGCAGUAAUUUUGCAAUGUAACUGCAGUAUAACUUCAGUUCAACUGCAAUUCAACUGCAGUACACUGCAGUUAUUCUGCAGUUACUGCAUCCAAAAUACCACAGUCAACUGUAGUUACUGCACCUUUACUGCAGUUUCAAAACUGCAAUCUUUUUUUGUAAGGGUGAAACUGAGGAGAAAUUCUGUCUGUAAUAAUGCCCUUUUGUGGGGAAACCUCAUUCUGAUUGGCUGGACCUGGCUCCCUAGUGGGUGGGCCUAAAGCACCCCUGCGCAGUCAUGUGAAAUCCAUAGAUUAUCGCCUAAUUUAUUUAUUUAAAUUGACUGAUUUGCUUAUAUGAACUGUAACUCAGUAAAAUCGUUGAAAUUGUUUCAUGUUGCGUUUAUAGUUUUGUUCAGUAUAUAUGCAAAGUAGUAAAAGAACAAGGAGUUAACCCCUUUCAUGACCUCCUCUCUUCUCC